AUGGUUGAGACGUGUUUUCCGAUCGGCGACCGAAAUCUGAUGGCCGACUUGGUUGGAGCGCCAGAUCUUCGAAGUAAGUCGUUUUAUCUGUCGUAUUUUCUCUAUUAAUUAUAUUACAUCGAGUAUUUUCGCUUUUCAGAAUCUUUGGGAGGCGAUAUUGAGAUUGAUUUCGGGUUGACAAUACCUCUGAUAAAGUACUGUAAGUCUUACUGUAAUUUUUUUGAAAAUCUCCUUUAGCCAGUCCAUUUGGCCAAUUCAAGGUCCGAUAUGCGUGUGAGUUGAAUUGCGCGAGUUUUGAUGCGCUUGGGACCGCGGAAUGCCGCUGGCGAAAUGAGCUGACCGACUGCUGUGAGAAUGGGGGAGAUGAGUUGGAUUGGGUCCGAGUGAAGAAUGGAUGGGGUCUGGAAGAGGGAAUUACGAUUUUUGGAACCGAACAGAGAGCUAGUAGGUGUUUUAGAUCUUAUUGCAGGACUAGACACCGAAACUGAAAGGAGAAAACGGAUGAUUUUGUGAUCAAAGCACAUAUUGGUCCAAGAAUCUUGCUGGAGAUUGCUGAAAUCAUCCGUUAUUGUGAGAUUUUGUUGUCUAGAAGGUUUUCUAACUUCGCCAGAGCCCUUUAUACAACAAAAUCUCACAAUAACAGAGGAUUUUGCGCGGUCUUCAAUGAGAUUUUUGGGUAAAAUACGAUAAUCCACCGAAUUCCAUGUAAAAUACAGUGCAAUACUUAUUUUUGGACCGAUAGCGAUCUUAUGCAAUCUAUGCUUUGCUUGAAAUGCCCUAUAAGACCGCUGAGAACCCGAUUUUUCCAGAUCGAUACUCAAUUCUCGCUGGUGCACAAGAAAAACGACCGCCAACCGACGCCGCUCUCCUCAUUUCCGACCCAAUUCAAUGUCAAGAAGGUGAUGCCAGGUUGAGUUUUCGUUAUUGGACAUCACCGCAUACAGUGAUAAAAGUUUGCACAAGGCCUCCAGGCAUGGGCCGAGCUUAUGAUUGGUGUAGUAAAGAGAUCUCGAAAGGUGAUCCAGGACCCGCAAAUGUGACCAUCCCAGGCUCAGUCAUGCAGGACUUUGAGGUCAGUCAAUGUUUUGACAUUCACAGUGUCGGAAUUGGUGUAAUUGUCAAAAGACGGGAAAUGUGAUCCAUGAAAAUCUUGGGUCGUCUUUUCCGUUUUUUGCCGAUUACAUCCGACACUGUAGAAACGAGUUAUUCCCGAGAUGUCGACGAUUUUUAGAGUGAGAUUUCAGUUAGUUAUAGAAGCCAGCCACUUCGAUUACGAUGCAUUUGGAUUUCAAGGCGGGGUCGUGAUCCUGGAUGACAUCGAAUACACGGCCAGUGCGAUCUACAAUUGCAGGAAUAGUAAGUCGAGUUUAGAAUUCAUUUUAGAUAUUAUUUUUUCCGUGCUCUCCGCGAAUCAUUUGCUAAAAUACGCAAUGACUUGAUAGCGUACAGUGACAGACCCGAUCCAGUGGCAAAAAACGUGCCAUUUUGCAUCCGGUAAGUAUUAAAAAUGUGGCAAAAUGCUUCCCUCCCCAAGUGAAAAAAUCCGGUUUCAAAAGCGCGCCCGCUCUUUUUGUGAGGGACCCUUAAAAACGAAGUUUUUUCACUUGGAGGGGGAAACAUUUUGCCACAUUUUUGAUGCUUCCCGGAUGCAAAAUGGUACGUUUUUUGCCACUGGAUCGGCUCUGUCACUGUAUGAUGCCGCACUUUUCAGUCCCCCACAUCGAACCACUGGAGCCUCUACCCCACAAAACUUGCGAGCUCCUGGAAUGCGAAUUCGACGAGCUGGACCGCUGCUUUCUCAGACUCCGCCGCAGCGGUUGGCAUCAUUCCGAUCGAGCCAUUGGGAACUUACAAACUGGAAUCCGCAACCUUUACAGUGGACCGUUCGUCUACGUAAAAGGUCGAGGAAGAAGGGUCCUAAAUCUUGGAGGAUUCGAAGUUCCACGGCAAUUAUUGCUGGAAUUCUGUAGUUAUAUCGCAAGUCAAGACGCCCAUUUGACGAUCGAAGCGCAAAUUCGGGGCUUUGAAAAGCAGACCUUGGUGGAGAUCGCGGAGGAUGUGAAAUUGUACCACAAAUGGGAUUGUCGGAGGAUUGUGUUGCAACCUGGGAAUUACACGGAGGUAGGGAAGAUUACGGAAGAAGGAUUUUUGAAUAGAAUUUGCAUUACCAUGGGGGACCUGAUCCAGUGGCAAAAAACAUAUCAUUUUGCAUAUGGGAAACAUCCAAUAUGUGGCAAAAUUCCUCCCUCUUCAAGUGAAAAAACUUCGUUUUGAAGAGCGCGCCAUUUCCCUCGCAAAAAGAGCGGGCGCGCUUUUGAAACCGGAGUUUUUUCACGUGGAGAGGGAAGCAUUUUGCCACAUUUUUUGAUGCUUCCCGGAUGCAAAAUGGUACGUUUUUUGCCACUGGAUCGGGUCGGUCACUGUAGUGACCAGUGAUCAUUUUUGAUGACAAAAAAGGCCUCAUGGAUCACUUUUGAUUCAUGAGACUUUUUUUGUCUCCAAAAGGGAUCAAAAGGGAUCAUGGAUCACAAAUGCGGAUUUUUUUAAAACUCUUUUUUGAUUUCCAUUUCUUGUUUCUUCAAAAUUUUGCUGUUUUAGUUCUCAUUCGUCGUGGAGCACUUGCCAAACGACCUUGCUUACGUCGGCCUAGACGGUAUUCAUUUAUACGAGACGGAUCAAAAAACCCGCCCUUGUUUUGACUCGGGUUUUGUCACUGAAACACCCGCUGUCGUCACCGAAAAAGAGGCAGUUACUGAGUCGGGCUUCGAGGAAAUAACGGCUUCAGACUUGAAGGAAACCGAAUCCCAGAUUGGAAAACAAGGCCUGCUCGGCUUCAAUGAGGCUUUUAAUUUAGAAACGACUACGGAGGUAUCGCCUACGGGGAUUGUUUUUGAAGGCGAGGUGAAUACCAAAGAAUUUGCCGAGCUGAAUUUGCAAGAACUUCUAGAGCCAGAGGAAACAAAAGAUCAAGGCGAACAUGUGAGAUUGCCGAUUUAUAGCGAACCAAGGAGAAUGUUUUUGUAGGGUGAUGUAUUUUCUGAAUAAAUUAAUACGUUUUUGAAGCUUUAGUUUUAUUUGUGUAUGUCUAGUAUCAGUCUGUCGGGAAAAUAAUGUGGAUUUGUCGCGCCUUGGAAUCACCCGUCGUCGUUUUGCGACGGCUAGCCCGCGACUGGAGGUUUGGUGUGCGACUGCACCCUUUUUUCGACGAGGCGAAACAUUUUGCUGCGACGACCGCCGUUAUUUUCCCGACAGACAGGUACUCUGGAUUUGUCACCCGUCCUCGUUUGAGGUACUCGCGGCUUGAGAUUUGCGGCUAG